AACCAACUGUGCGAGGCCUGUACAGUUUUGUUGUUGACCUUCGCGAGUCGAGACGCUAGUGGAUUUUUCAUCGCGGAGGCCCUCCGGGAGCAUCAGAGCACACUAUUUUCCACGACGUUGCCUCGCGUUUUUCACAAAGAACCUUUGACGCGCCUCCGCAGUUUGCAGUUGUUGGCUGCACUGCUCUUCGACAGGGAGUUUUUGUACCCACAAGGAUAUCAAAAUUAA